AUGAAACCUGCAUGGACUAUUAACUGCUCUGAACCCACUACGGAUGCUCUUUAUAGUGCCUUAAAAGACAGCAUCUUGGAUAAAUCAGAUGUGAGACCAGUUUUGUACCCAAAAACUCCCACCAACAUUAGUGUGAGCUUCACUCUGUAUGGAAUUUUAGGUGUGGAUGAAAAAGCACAAAUAUUCGAUUCAUUUAUUUGGGUGUAUCUGUUUUGGAAUAUUGAAGGUUUGAGCUGGGAUCCUGUUGAAUGUGGAACAGACAGAAUCUCACUGCCAAGAAAAAAGCUGUGGAUGCCUGAUCUUGUGAUUAAUGAAUUCAUGGAUGAAAAUAGAUCUCCAGACACAUAUUACCUCUAUGUCAAACAUACUGGUGAGGUAAUGGAUGAUCUUCCCAUUCAUGUGAUCAGUUCCUGCAACAUGGACAUCUACACCUUUCCAUUUGAUAUUCAGAACUGCACAUUUACUUUUAACUCAUACAAGCUCACUGCGCGGGAUAUUCGAUUGCUCUUUGUUGAACCCGUGGAGGUAACACUUCAGAAUUCCCUAUCUGUGAUGAAAACGAAAGGAGAGUGGGAGCUAGUCGACAUGCUUGCUGAGAAACCCGAGAUACUUUCAGGAGAUCUGAAUAAUACUUUUGAUACACUUAUUUACCAUGUCGUUCUCAAGCGUCGAGCGACCAUGUAUGUGGUGAACCUGCUGAUUCCCAGCUGCUUCCUCAUUGCUUUAGAUCUGUUCAGUUUUCUUCUUCCACCCCAGAACGUGGAUCGUUCUGCCUUCAAAAUGACCCUCAUUUUGGGUUACACUGUCUUCCUGCUGCUAAUGAAUGACCUGCUGCCUGUUACUGGAAACACCUUACCUCUCAUAAGUUUACACUUAACCUCUCUUCUGGAUUUCUUUUCAGACGUGUUUUUCUCUCUUUGCUUGGCACUGAUGGUGGCCAGUCUUCUUGAGACAAUCUUCAUCAUUAACAUUCAGUGUGGCUCCACUCACUAUGGACCUUUACCUCCAUGGGCCAAGGUGCUUUUCCUCAACUAUCUUGCUAAGCUUGUUUUUUUAAGCAAGAAACCCAGUGACCAAAACUGUAACCCUGAAGAGCUCAGACUAGAGACCAAACAAUGUGAUCCUGCAGUUGAAACCCCUCCAAGCGAAGCAGCAUAUAAGACAGUUCCUCUCCUGGAACUGAAGAAGAUAAGCCAUGAGUUACUAUCCAUCCGUCAGCACAUCGAUAAACAUUUUAAAACUGAUGAGAGCGCAGAGGAGUGGAUGCAUUUGGGUCAAGUCAUUGACCGCUGGCUUUUCUCGACGAAGAUCAUCUCUUCGCUGACUCUUCUGCAAGAAAAAGUCAUGGAAGAAGCUCCAGCGCUGCUCAUUGUCGUGGAAGAAGCCGAAGCAGCAAAUGUAAGCAUCAUUGUAGGCAUCCGGCAUCUGGAGUGA